CACAUGCGCUUCCGUGUUAUGCUCCGCCUCUUCGUGCUGCUCUAAGCCAAUCCGAUCACUCCUUGUUACAACUCUUCAAGUUCAGGACAAACGGCACGUUUUACGCAACUCCAUUCACCAGCGUGGAAUAAUGGAGAUCUCUGUGAAGAUGAAGGCGCUGUUGUUCCUGUUUGCUGUGUGUAUAAAGUCUGUCACUAGCUACAGCAAUGGAAAAGUCAAAGAAGCUUGUCAGGACAUGAUGCCUGGUCAUCAUCAUCAUAGCCCCAGUCCUACAUCCUCACCGUACACCAUCACUGUGGAUAAGUCUAUAUUUCGUCCUGGAGAUCAAAUUAAAGUGACUUUAUCAUUACUGUCUUCAGAGAAUAGUUUGCACUUUGAAGGCUUUCUUAUAGAAGCUCGAGAUGCUGCAAAACUUGACGGUGGAUCUGUUGGAACUUUUACUCUUGUUGACUCGUCCAUCUCACAGCUACUUUCAUGUCACCAUAGAGAGGGCUCUGCUGUGAGUCACACCAAUGAUCACCAUAAGACAGAGGUUCAGGUUAUCUGGACCGCACCACAGGAUGCCCCAUCUAGUGUCCAGUUUCUAGCAAGUGUGGUUCAGAAAUACGAGUUGUUCUGGGUGAAGAUUCCAAGUCCUGUAUUGUCUCGAAAUGGUGCACCUCCUACAUCAUUAUCUCCUCAGGCCACCAGCUCUUCCGUGCAAUUGCCCCAUCUGUUCACUUCAGAAGGCUGUGGAGAUACAAAGACUUGCCUGCGAGAUCCAGAAGGCUGCAAUCCUGAAAUUGAUGCACUCUGUUACUUCCUGUCCUUCACUAAAAUGGAGCAGGGGGUAAAGUUUGAGCUCAGCGGGCCAGCCGCGGGUUACGUCUCCUUCGCCUUAUCAACAGAUCAAUGGAUGGGGAAUGAUGAUGUCUACCUGUGUGUCAGUGACACCGGCCGUGUCAGCAUCAGUGCUGCUUAUGUUGAGGGAAGGACACAUCCAGUGACUGCUUCAGAGAAUGUUUUGAGAGAGACAGCAUGGCAGCUGGCUAAUGGGGUCAUUCAGUGCAGUUUUUACAGAAACAUCCACAUCACCACCCCUAACCAAGACAGAUUUGCCCUGGAUCAGAUGUACUACCUGUUCAUGGCUCAUGGACGAGCAGAGAACGGGAGAACUCAUAGACAUGACCGACAGCCCCUUAUAUCAGCAAAGAAAGUACUUAUCACUGGUCCUCCAGAGGAUCUGACCGGCUCUCGUGCUCCCUUACUCAUCAAAUUCCAUGCUGCGUUCAUGCUCGUUGGCUGGAUGAUGACCGUCAGCACUGGAGUAAUUAUAGCCAGAUACUUUAAACCUGACUGGCCUGAAACAACUGUAUUUGGACAGAGAGUAUGGUUUCAGUUUCACAGAGGUCUUAUGUUGCUCACAGUGCUUCUGACAUGCAUCGGCUUCAUAAUGCCUUUUAUAUACAGAAGAGGCUGGAGCAAGCGCGCCGGCUCACACCCUUACUUCGGCUGUACUGUCAUGGCUCUGGCUGUUAUCCAACCUAUCAUGGCUCUGUUAAGACCUGCUCCAGAUUCCUCCAGGAGAUAUAUUUUUAACUGGCUCCACUUGGGCACAGGAACUGCAGCCCAGGUGCUCGCUGUCGUGGCUAUCUUCUUGGGCAUCCAUCAGCAGGCUUUGCUACUCCCUGCCCCCUGGACCACAGGACUCCUGUCUGCCUGUGUGGUCUGGUUUGUGUUGGCAGACCUGGCACUAGAGGUGCAUAGGAGGGGGCUUUUACCUAUAGGAAACAUUUUCAGAAACUUUCAGGUCUACACAGAAAAUCUCCAAACAGAAGACAAAGAAGGGAUUCUGUUUGUUCAGACUGAGAAUGAGAGCAAGGGAUCUUCUUUUAAAAAGAUUGUUUUGGCAGUCUACCUUUGUGGAAACCUUUGUUUUCUGGCUUUUCUUCUGGCCGCCAUCAGUGAAGUAUGAUGGAAUAGAAUUACAAACAAUGUGCCUUUCUGAAGUCUGCUGUUGUGCUCAGUUACUGUUUAAGAAGCUGAAGAGGCCUUAUGUGAGCUUGUUCUUACUGUGAUUCACACUGUGAUAACUUGAUCAACCCUUUUAAAGCAACAUUCCAACAGAACUCCGUUAUCCAAGUAAACUGGAUGCUUAUGUGCCAAGAAUUUAAUACACAGUUUAGAUAUCGUCACGAGGCAAAAAGAACAGAACAUCACAUUAUUUUUAUUGUAGUUUUAGUUUUAUUUUAUUUGAUAGUUUUUGUGCUUGAAUCUGAACUGUCAAGAUGCAAAGGUUUUAGCUGGAAUGAUUACUGACUGAUCUGUAUGCAGAACAUCCAAACAGAAAUGUGUUGAAUGUGCUGAAGGAACAGAGAGUGAAGCUCAACAUCCAUCCUGCUUAUUAUGAUUUUAUUCAAUCUCAAGUUUUAUAUAGGUGUCUGAAGUACUUGGUAAUGAAUACAUGCAUAUUUAUAUGAAAUUAAAGGUAUUCUUAAAAACUAAAUACUAAUUGUUGCAUUUGUAAAUUAGGAGAAAUUUUUUUUGUAUUUUAUGUACCACGUUUCAUGCUACUUUAAAAAGAACACUGCAGAAUCAAAUAUAUUAGAAUAAUUCAGAUGUUGUAUAUGUUUGCAUUGAAUGAAAGCAUGUAAUGUUAUGAUGUAUUAUUGAAUUUAUAUCAAAUGGACACUGGUGCAUCUAAGUUGGGGUCACUGAAUUUGUAAUGUGAUUCUGUUAAAUGCAAACAAAAUAUAUAAUCCAUUUUAUAAUUACAUCCAAAUAUAGAAAAUGGAUGCAGUUGAUUUAAUGAUAAUGAAAUUGUUAGAUUAUUACAUUUAAUUCAGGUUAGAGUUCCUUAAUUGUCUUGUCUGAAAAGAUGCCAUGUUAAUCAAAAUUGUCUUUUACACUCUAUUAUUGUGUUGCAUGGUAAUGGUUUUUAGGUAAAAACAAUCCAAUAUUCUUGCUAUAGUUUACAAGGUUUGCCCAUAAUCUAAGCUGCACACUGGCAAUAUCUGUUCAGAAUUCAAGCAACUUUCUAACUGCUACUGAAUCAAUCAUUCAAUGGAUUAAUCUACAUUUACCGCAUUUGGCAAACGGCCUUAUCUAAAGCAGCUUUUAAUUCAAUUUAAUUUUAUUUCAUCCCCCUAUUUCUCAUUUUAUACAUCUGAGAAAUUAAGGGUUAAGGGCCUCACUCAGGUUGCCAAAGUUAGCAGCUUAGUGGACCUGGAAUUUGAACUUUCUGAUCAGUAGUCCUAUACCUUAACCAUAUGGCUACAUAAUCCUCCAUAAGCUUUGCAAUCAUAUUCACUGUGAUAAUCAAGAUUUUACUGUGACUGUCUUAUAAAUUUUGUCUACAAAUCUUCUAUAACGAUGCAUUUUGUGUGUGCACAGAUGAUGUAAUUUAUGUACAAAUUAAAAGGAAUCCACCCA